AUGCCUGAUGAAGCCCCUGAAAGGAUCCCAGAGCAGCGGAGCCUCCAGCAGCAGGGCCUGCCCUCCCCUGCUCUGUGCGGCGCCUGCAGCCUGUGCAUCAUGUUGGCUGGCAUAAACAUCACCUCGGUGGGAGUUUUCACCUUUGGCACCCUCAUUGUCAUGAAACCACCCCCCAUCAUCAUCGGGCCUCUUCUCUUACUGAUGGCGCUGGCUUUCUUCUCAGCCUGCUGCGUGGCCAGCAGGAGGCCUCCCAUCCACAUGGCGAGAAAAGCCCAAGGAGGGGAGAAGUGGGGGCUGAUGAGAAUGAGGAUGGCGACUUUUGAGAUGGAGACGAGCGAGCACACGCUUCAGGACACGACAGCGGUCCAGCUCAGCCCCACCAACUCCCUGAGCUCUUCUCACAAGUCCAGCUCCAACCAUGGGGACGCCGCCGUUCCAGCUUCCUAUCACGCUGGAGUCAGGCAGCUCACGUGUGACAUCACCGGAGACAAAACGAGUUUGCAAGGAAGGUGUUUCCACACCGCUGCUGCCUGA